GCAGGAUCAUGGUACCGAAGUGCGGGACGGCUCUGUCUCCAGGCACACUGUGCCUGGCCGCUGCGCUCAAUGGGCUACUCAGCUUCGGCUUUUUGGCUGCGGCCAUCGGCACCGACUACUGGUACUUGAUCCACGUGGACGGGGCAGGGCGCAACGGCAGCGCUCGGGAUGGCGAGGAACUGAGUUCUCACUCCGGGCUCUGGCGGCUCUGCGAAGGACAAAGUGCCUGUAUGCCCCUGAUCGAUCCCUUUGGCGCAGAGAGUUGGCUGGUGCCAGCAUCGCUCCAGCAUCUUAUCUACAUGCAUCGAGCCUUCAUGAUCUUGCUACCACUCAGCCUCAUCUUGAUUAUUUUUGGCUGGAUCUGUGGGAUCAUUGGCUCCUUGGCCCAGAUUUCCUGGCUUCUGCGCUUCACAGGCUGCUAUUUUCUGUUGGGUGCACUCCUGACUCUGUCCGGGACAAGUACCUAUAUCUGCUACUCCAAAGCUGCAUUCAUUGAGACCGUGCGUAUGUUUGACCAACAGCGUUUUGACCAUGUCCAUAUUACCUUUGGCUGGUCCCUGUCACUUGCGUGGCUCUCUUUUGGCACAGAGGGUUUGGCUGGCAUCCUGCUUCUCCUGGCUGCUCAAGGAUUCCGUCGGAAACUGGAUGCACAUUCAGCAGACAUUUAA